GACCGUCCAUCGAAAAAUUUGGCGCCAAUAUUCACAUCCGCCCAGUCCAGAACGAAGACUAGGCCAAACGACGUGCCGCCACCGCCUUCUUCCCCUGCAUCAUCCGACACUGUUAUCCUCAGUCAAGAGUCCCGGCCCGCAAAGAAAAUCAAACUCGGUUCCGAAUUGAAGAUCUCCUCGAGGGUUUCUAGCCUAUCUUCUGUGGCUCCAUUAGCAGAACGCAUGAGGCCUCAGUCUCUGGACGAUUUUUUUGGCCACCAGGAGCAUGUGGGACCUGGUACGUUGUUGAGAGGCUUGAUUGAUUCCGGAACUUGUGGAAGUUUGCUCCUGUGGGGUCCUCCAGGCUCUGGCAAAACUACCCUUGCCAGAAUCAUUGCACGGUCUACACAUUCCAUUAUCAAGGAGCUGAGCGCGACGUCUGCCGGGACUGCUGACGUACGAGCCGUUUUUGAGGAAGCAAAAAAUGUGUUAUCUCUAUCUGGGAAACGGACUGUGAUGUUCGUUGAUGAGAUACAGCGUUUCAAUAAGGCACAACAGGAUCUCUUUCUACCCUAUGUUGAGAAAGGGUGGGUCCAACUGAUAGCGGCGACGACAGAAAAUCCGUCAUUUAAGGUGGUGGCUGCCCUCCUCAGUCGUUGCCGGGUGAUUGUUCUGUGGAGAAUAUUCGAUACGGACAUGAUGAAGAUUCUCCUUAACGCUAUCAACCGCAUGCGUGACAGCAUUAAACAAGAGCACGCGACGUUGGCAACCAAUACGAAAGUAUUAGAAUGCAUCGUCGGAUUAUCGAUAGGGGAUGCAAGAACAGCCCUCAAUCUGCUUGAAUUAGUUCUCCAGGCUCCUUCAAAUGUAUCUGUGGAACAAAUCCUUAAUUCAUUGAAAACCACCACAUUGUCGAGGUAUGACCGUACUGGGGAUGACCGAUAUGAAAUGAUCAGUGCUCUGCACAAAAGCAUUCGAGGGAGUGAUGGAUCAGCUGCGCUAUAUUGGCUUGCGAGGAUGCUAACAGCAGGCGAAGACCCUCUUUAUGUCGCAAGACGGUUGAUAGUUGUUGCGAGCGAAGAUGUGGGUCUUGCAGAUACCCAUGCACUGCCCUUGGCCACGGCCACGUACUUUGCAUGUCAGAAUAUUGGCUUGCCAGAAUGCCGAAUCAAUCUUGCGCAUUGUGUUUCAUACUUGGCCGAGGCGAAGAAGUCUAUCCGUGCGUAUGAAGCAUACAACAGAGCGGAAGCAGAAGCGAAGCGAACGUCCGCGUUAUCAGUGCCCAUUGCAGUGCGCAAUGCCCCUACCCAAUUUAUGGAGACUCUUGGUUAUGGCGCUGAAUAUUUGUAUAAUCCUAAUUUCGCACAUCCAGUCACUAAUAAUUAUCUACCAGAAGAGGUCAAGCACACCCUUCAGGUAGAUGGCCCGUUCUUGAGGACAGCUGAGGACUACACAAAGGAGAGGACCUGGAGUGAGGAACGGCUAAAACGAUGGGAGGAAGAAGUUAAUAGAGGGGAGAAAUGGGAAGGGAGGCCCACUAACUCUAGCCCGCAGUGAUUUGCUUGCCAUUGCACUAAUCUGUUACCGGAGAAUUGAACCUGAUAGGUUUCUAUCGUGCUGGCAAUUGCUUUGGAUACACGGUCGUGACAUCACUAGAUAGUAUAAGGACAUAAUGUAGCAUAUUCAAUUGUACAUACAGCAUUCCCGUGCCCAACCAUUUGAUGACAAUAUUAUCGCAUACCAAUG